CUCAGCGGCCAAACAACAUGGUGGCGCACAGUACCAGCUGAAGAGGUCUGUGUAAUUUUAAUAUAAGGUAGCCACUUGCAGCGAUGCCGAAUUUAUUCGUACUCAUCUCUCUCUUCGUAUGUGGCGUGUCUACCUCGGACAGUAAAGUGUCCCAGAAUGCACACAGUCCCAGUGAGAGCUACUUAAUGUCGGUAUGGAGCAACAGGCUGUAUCUGUAUUCAGCUGCUGCACUGGUGUUUGGCAUCUGGCUCUCACUGAAGAUGGCACUGAAGAAGAAAAGCUUCCCCAAAGACGUCGGCACGUUGGUCUACAAAGCUGUGAAGAAGGAUGACAGGGACGCUGUAGUUCAUGUGUCAGGGGUUAAAAUCUUCUACGGCUCACAAACCGGAACAGCGAAGGCAUUUGCAAAAGAGCUGUCAGAGGAGGUGAAGGCCUCGGGUAUACCAGCAGAGGUGAUUGACAUGAAGGACUACGAUCCAGACGAUCAACUUGCUGAUGAGUGCACCAACAAGGCGGUCUGCGUCUUUCUUGUGGCCACCUACACCGACGGGCAGCCCACAGAGAACGCUGAGUGGUUCUGCAAGUGGUUGGAGGAGGCGUCCACUGACUUCAGAUACGGGAAGACCUACCUCAAAGGCCUCAGAUAUGCAGUGUUCGGUCUUGGCAACUCUGUCUAUGUUGGCCACUAUAAUACAGUGGGUAAAAACGUGGACAAAUGGCUGUGGAUGCUGAGUGGCAUGCGAAUCAUGACCAGGGGAGAGGGAGACUGCAAUGUGGUGAAGAGUCGUAAUGGCAGCAUCCAGGCAGAUUUCCUGGCCUGGAAGGUCAAGUUCCUGAACCGCCUUCAGGCUCUGGCGAAGGGUGAGAAGAAGACUUGCAGUGGGAACUGUAAGACUGGAGGCUCCUGUAAGAACAAGAGGAAAGAGGGACAUGAGCAGGAGGAGGAGGAGGAGGAGGAAGCUCAGCAGAAUAACAGCUCUGAGGAGGAUCUGAUGGAGUCCAGCAGUGAUGAGGAGGAGUCUGGCCUGCAAGAUGAGAAAAAAUCAGGUUCAGUGGUUGACAUGGAGGAUCUGGGCAACAUCAUGAGCAGUGUCAAGAAAGCGAAGAGCAAACAGGAGGGUGGAGGAGACGGUCACAUGGUGAAGCUAUCAAAGAUGAAUGGAUUGAAGAAGACUGAAGAUGAAGGGGAAAGAAGAGAGAUGAUCACCCCUGCCCUUAGAGAAGCUCUGACAAAGCAAGGAUACAAACUAAUUGGUAGUCACUCAGGAGUAAAGCUUUGUCGGUGGACCAAGUCUAUGUUGCGUGGGAGAGGAGGCUGUUACAAGCACACUUUCUAUGGUAUUGAGUCCCACCGGUGCAUGGAAACUACUCCCAGCCUUGCCUGUGCUAACAAGUGUGUCUUCUGCUGGAGGCAUCACACCAACCCCGUGGGCACAGAGUGGCGCUGGAAGAUGGACCCUGCUGAGACAAUCCUGCAGGAUGCCUUGGAGAAGCACCAGAACAUGAUUCGACAGUUCAGAGGUGUCCCUGGAGUGAAGCCCGACCGGUAUGAGGAGGGCUUGGCAGUCAAGCACUGUGCCCUGUCCCUGGUGGGUGAGCCAAUAAUGUACCCCGAAAUCAACACCUUUAUCCGCCUCCUCCACUCUCACCACAUUUCCAGUUUCCUGGUCACCAAUGCACAGUUCCCACAGGAAAUCAGGAGCCUGGUGCCAGUCACUCAGUUGUAUGUUAGUGUGGAUGCCAGCACCAAAGACAGUCUGAAGAAGAUUGACCGGCCACUUUUCAAAGACUUCUGGCCACGCUUCCUGGACAGCCUUAGGGCCCUGGGAGAGAAGAGACAGAGGACGGUGUACAGACUGACUCUGGUGAAGUCCUGGAACGUGGAGGAAAUGCAGGCCUACUCGGAACUCAUUGCAUUAGGCCAGCCGGACUUCGUUGAGGUCAAGGGAGUGACGUACUGCGGUGAAAGCUCUGCAAGCAGUCUGACCAUGGCUAACGUCCCCUGGCACCAGGAAGUGGUUGCCUUCGUCCAGCAGCUGACUGACAUGUUGCCACAGUAUGAGAUCGCCUGCGAACACGAGCACUCCAACUGUCUGCUCAUCGCACACACCAAGUUCAAGGUGGAUGGCGAGUGGUGGACAUGGAUCGACUAUGAGCGUUUCCAGGAGCUGGUCCAGGCUCACGAGGAGAGUGGGGGACAGCAGAGCUUCUCAGCCUUGGACUACAUAGCCAAGACUCCCAGUUGGGCUCUGUUCGGAGCCCAUGAACAAGGUUUUGACCCUGCUGACACGCGUUUCCAACGUCGCAACAAAACCAAAGACAUUUCAGGGUGCUGAUAGCUGAGAAAGAGAGGUAGUAUGAAUAGAUCGAAUGCGGAUCUCUAAAAGAUGAUAAAGAAAGUAAAGUUCAAAGUUUUUAUUCCCAUCCUCUUUGAGUUUUAAUGCUUCCUUUCGCUGAACGUUUUUUUUUGCUAUCCACAGCUGGCCUCAUUCUCAUGUGAACUCUUGUCAUGUCUCUUCAAUUUGGAAACCCAAAUUUGAUUGGCUUGACCUCCAAGAUGAGCCAAAAACCUGCCAGAAUCAAUUCAUUCACCCUUAUUCUCUAGACAUUCCCCAUCACAUUUACUUUAAGUAAAUAGAUCUUUGAUAUUUCCCUCUUUUUUUUAAGCCAAGGUCAUUAUUCUAAUGUCAGUGGCUUUGAUCUGUACAACCAUCUGGCAGCACUUGGAAGGUUUUACACUGUGGAUGCUGAACCUGGCUGUGGCUACAUCAACAACCUUGUUACUGACAUUUUUUUAGGAUCCAGGUUCUGCUGUACUGCUCAGGACAUGAUUAGCAUGUAAGGAGUAGCUCUUCUCCUCAUGUCGUCUGUGGGAGCGGCACAUCUUUCCCAGACACCUUUGCUCUUCCUCCCACUCAUUAGGACAGUGGUUGUUUUUACUUGGCGGUGAGAGACUUGAGCUAUGAGAGAAGAGCAUCAAGGCUACAUCUCCACUGGGAGAGUCGAGCUUCUUAUUGCACUCUUUGUCUUUUUGUUUUGUGUUUUGUUUUUUAGUCCAAAGGUUGCACUGUUGCACUGUUGCACAUUCCCAGCAGUGUCAGUUUUGCUUGGUUUCUAUGCUCUGAGCCUGGGUGGUAGAAAAUAUUCCAGCUUUUUAAUAGUUUGGCCAGCUUUGCUUUAGAUGAGUGAAAACUGGGUAUUAUUUAAAAAAAAAAAAAAAAAAAAUUGAAAAUAUAAACAUUUUGGGUGUGACAGCUUUUGCUGUGGGGGAUGGAUGAUGUCAUCUUUAAUCUGUAACAUGAAUUGCAAUCACCAUAUUCUCAGGCAACGUGAAGUCUCAUAUCUUUAUAUUGAUUUAUCUUCUUAGUUAAAUGGAUGAAACGGGGCACAAAGAUAAAUUAACUGCUGAUGUACAAUGCAUUUAAAAUAUUCAUCCAACACCCAAAUGUAUAUUGUCUGAUCUGCCUUCAGCCACAAUCCAGGAUAAGAUGUGAGUAUGAAAAACAUCACGGUGGGUGGUGAUGUAGCAUCAUAUGCGUCUAAGCGUGCCAGUCCAGCGUGCCAGAUUAAAGCCGUUACUGAUAUUUUAGUAAAUCUAGAUGUAAAAAUCAAGUCCAUUUUAAUUUGUUUUAUUUGAUUGUAAAUCCAGAUGUAAACGUUUGAGUCCAUUUUGAUUUGAUUUGUAACGUCUCCAAUGUUGCAGCACCUCCCUGUUGGGAGAAAUAUCACUGUAAUAAAUGUAUUUGGAAUA